AUGACGGACGUAGAGAUUGCGGAAUUACUGCAACUAUUGGAUCUCCUUAACAGUGCUUCCCCUUCGAAUCAAGAAGAAGACUUUAUGAUCUGGUCCUCUCAUAGCUCUAGUAGAUUCUUCGUGCGCUUCUUCUCGGUUCUCUCUAGAGGACUACCCCCGCCCACUCACUCUUUCCUCCACUGGUUUUAUGGGGCUCUACCUCGGGUGGUCGUGUUCGUGUGGUUGGUGGCUAGGAAAAGAGUGCUGACAAUUGACAACCUAGAGCGAAGGUCUCUCGCUCUUCCGAAAAUUUGCCUUAUGUGUAUGGAGAGUGCAGAAUCAAUCGAUCAUCUUUUUAUUCACUGUUCUUUUGCGCGGAAGGUAUGGAGGUACUUCCUCAGGUCGUCCAAUAUGCCUGGGGUUAUGUUGGCUUCAAUGGAAUCCCUUUUAUGGGCAUGGCAUUGGAGGAGUGGAAGGAAAGAUGCUAAAGCGAAGUGGAGGGAUCUCCGUAUGGCCAUCCUUUGGGUUAUCCGGAGAGAACGGAAUGGGUGGUGUUUCAGAAAUGAGCCCUCCUCGGCUGAAAGGGUGGUGGGCAUUAUCAAUGGAUAUGUCUUUGAUUGGGUUUCAGUUGUUUAA